UUGUGGUUUGUGUAUCGUCAUGCCGAGCAUUACAGAAUGCAUCUGCUGCAAGGAAGUCGAUGCUCUGAGCUGGAGACUUCAUGGCGUGAGAUGUGCGACAGCGCAUGACAGUUUUCACACUGUCUGCUUGCACUAUGAAGUUCUACGCAUAGCGGUAGGUGUCAUGAACGUCUCUCCAGGCUCCAUUACAGAACCUCUUACAACCAGGUAUGAUUUGAAGCAACGAUCACGUUCGUUCUCACCUGCUAGUGCAUGGUAAUUCCCUGUGUAGGCUUUUGAGACUGGCGGCUUACCGCCAAUUUACUCACUGGGCUCACGAGAUGUUGGGGAGAGGUGUACGAAUAGUCAUACCAUCGUGUGUGGUGUCUGCCGUACGCAGAGCGUUUCCAGAAGAGAGUGGGCACUAUGUUGGGUUUAGAGAUCAGGGGCGUAGACACAAUUCUAAAACUGGGGGGGCUUAACCAAGAGGCCUAAUUGUGCUUUUGCGCAUGCGCCCAGUGCACGUUCAUCACCCGACUGCAUCCGUAUCACAAUGUCUCUGAUAGCGUGGCUGCGGAAAGCGCAACAACCGGAUGGAAGUGUAACUAACUAUCCCACUGGCAUUGACCAUGAAAGCAAUGUCUCAGGUGAAGAAGACGCCCAAGAGCACGCCCAAACUAGCAACGUGGCUGGACCAGCCUCUACAAGUUCUGAAAGCGGCCACCACUCUCACCAGCCCGACGCAACUGAUGCCUCCGAGACAAGACCGGUUGCUGGCGCCCAGCCUCAGCCCACCUUGAUGCCUUGGAGUCCUCACCAACCCUUGCUGUCCUUCCCAUAUCGCACAUUUGCUAAGCAGCAGCGAGCAUUCUGUUCUUCUUGGUAUAGAAGAUACCCGUGGUUGCAUUAUCAAGAAGCAGAUGACAAAGUCUUCUGCUUCUACUGCCAGGUGGCGGAGAAGAAGGACUUAGGCUCAGUUGCUCUGCGCGCUGGGAACUUGGACGAUAAAUUCGUGAGAACUGGCUUUACAGACUGGAAGAAAGCACUCACUAAAUUUGAAAAACAUCAGAAAUCAGUCUUUCAUCGUGAUGCUAUGGAUAUGGUGGUUGGCAAGGAACAGAAUGUUGGGCAAAUGCUAGGGAAAGGUUAUGCAGAAGAAAUGGUUGAGAAUAGGAAUAUGUUACAGAUAAUUAUUAGUUGCAUUCGAUACCUUGCUCGGCAAGGUCUCGCCAUGCGUGGUCGGUCUAAACCUGAAGGUAGUGUCGCUCUUGAAAGGGAUUCCAACUUAAUGCAACUCCUCAUUAUGCGUGCUGAAGACAAUCCGAGGCUCUGGAAAUGGUUAGGCAAAUGCCAGGCCAAGUUCACAAGCCCCUGUAUACAAAAUGAAAUUCUCAGUAUCAUGGCAUUAAUGAUUCUGAGAGAUGUUGUUAGGAAGGUAUCGGGAAAGUGGUACACUAUCAUGGUAGAUGAAACUACAGAUUUGUCCAAUACUGAACAAAUGGUCUUCUGUCUUCGAUACGUAGAUGAUGAUCUGGAAGUCCAUGAGGAAGUAAUAGGGCUGUAUAGCUUAGACUCAACUUCUGCUGACUCUAUACUAGCAACAGUUCAAGAUAUCCUGUUACGCAUGAAUCUAAGGAUUGACCAUUGCCGAGGCCAGUGCUACGACGGCGCUAGUAACAUGGCAGGAGCGAAGUCAGGCGUUGCAAAAAGACUAAAUGAUCUAGAGCCCCGUGCGUUGUACACACACUGCUAUGGUCAUGCAUUAAACCUAGCGACUCAGGAUGUGUUGAAAGGUAUCAAGGUCAUGCGAAGUGCUCUGGAGACCGUACAUGAAAUUACUAAGUUGAUAAAAAAAUCACCCAAACGUGAAAGCAUCUUCAAGAAGUUUAAAGAUGUUGUCACUGCUGGCUCUCCAGGACUACGGAUUCUUUGUCCUACACGAUGGACGGUCAGGGCUGAGGCAUUAACGUCAAUAUCUGAAAACUACACUACACUUCAGAUGACUUGGGAUGUGGCAAAAGAAGCCACAAAGGAUACUGAGAUGAGAGCUAGAAUUGGAGGAAUCGCUUUGCAGAUGGACACAUUUGACUUCGUUUAUGGUGUUGAACUUGGAAGAAAGCUGCUGAACAUAGUGGACAACCUGUCCCGAUCCUUACAGAGUUCUACUAUUUCAGCAUGCGAAGGCCAAAAGCUAGUCAGUACUACAACAACAACUAUCCAGUCAAUGAGAUCUGAUGAGUGCUUUGAUAUAUUUUGGAAGUACGUUGAACGCAAAAGAUUGUCACUUCAAGUGCCAUCCCCUACCCUUCCACGACGUAGGAAAGUUCCAAGACAAUUCGAGGUAGGAGAAGGUGCAACAGUACAUCCAGUAGAAGUGAAGGAGAUCUAUCGAAGGGCUUACUUUGAGGCCAUUGACUUGAUUUUAGCAGCAGUCAAAGAUAGAUUUCAUCAGAAAGGAUUCAACAUGUUACAGAAAUUAGAGACAGUUGUAACUUCUCUUCAGCAACCCCAGCAAUCGGAAGCACUGAAAGAGAUUGUCAAUUUUUAUGGUGAUGAUUUCAGUCACCCAGACCGACUUCAAACACAGCUCACUCUUCUUCAUGCAGGUACUGAACAGCCACUGACGGAUGUACGGUCUCUGGUCGUAUACCUCAAAUCCUUAAGCAGUGCAGAAAGACAGUUUUUUUCUGAAGUCAUCAAAGUAGUCAAGCUCAUUCUGGUAAUGCCGGCAACAAACGCCACAAGUGAAAGAAGUUUUAGUGCUCUCCGUAGACUCAAGACAUGGCUACGUUCUACAAUAAGUGAAUGUCGUCUCAACUGGUCUAUGAUACUCCAUAUCCAUAAGGACAAAACUGAUGCAUUACCAAUAAAAGGUGUUGCGAAUGAGUUUGUUACACGUAAUGAAAGCAGAAGACGACUAUUCGGACACUUUGAUUAAACUCUUUUGAAUUAGUAAAUGUAGUGUUGUGUUGUACGCGUACUGCCUAUCCCUUAAUGUAUCAAAGAUUUGAAAUACAAGUCUCAAAUUCUGGGGGGGCUUGAGC